AUGCUCCACUCCUCUACUUUCCCCUCUGCGCGCCAGCUUGCAUUCCGCUUCGUCGCGCCGCGCCAGUUCGCCUCUCGCGCAUUUCCUAAGGGCAGAGUGCUGGCGGAAAUGGCGGGAGGCUCCGCGCCGAGCACCAGCGCGACCCACGACGAGGCGCAAGUGCCGAAGAAGCAGAUCUCGUCUGGCCUGGCCAAAUUCGGCCCGACGGUCUUCGCGGAGUUCUCCGCGCUCGCCGCGAAGCACGGCGCCGUGAACCUCGGCCAGGGCUUCCCCAACUUCGACGGCCCGUCCUUCGUCAUCCAAGCCGCGCAGACCGCCUUGCAGGCCGGCAACCUCAACCAAUACGCGCCGGUCGCGGGCGUCCCCGCGCUCACGGCAGCCAUCGCGUCGCGCUUCGCGGAAUCCACGGGCGUGGAGAUUAAGGACCCCGCGCAGGAGAUCACCGUGACGUGCGGAUGCACGGAGGCCAUAGCCGCGACGAUCUUAGGAUUAGUAGACGAGGGCGACGAGGUAGUGGUAUUCGAGCCGUUCUACGACUCUUACAUCGCCAUGCUCUCUCUCGCCGGCGCGGUCGUGCGCCCCGUCACGCUGCGCCCGCCCACGUGGCAGCUGGACGAGCAGGCGCUGCGCGCGGCGUUCCAGCCGCUGAAGGAAGGCGCGCGCACGCGAGCAGUGCUAAUCAACACGCCGCACAACCCCACGGGGAAGGUCUUCUCCCGCGCGGAGCUGCAGCUGAUCGCGGAGCUGUGCCAGCAGCGAGACACCAUCGCGGUAUCCGACGAGGUCUACCAUAAACUCGUCUACAAGGCGCCCUCCCCUGCCGCCGCCGCCGUCGCCGCCGCUGCCACCGCCGCUGGUCCCGAUUCCACUGCUGCUGCUGCUGCUGCUGCUACUGCUGCUGCUGCUGCUGCUGCUGCAAACGAGGGCCACAUCUCAAUAGCGAGUCUCCCAGGAAUGUAUUCCCGCACCGUGACCCUCAACUCCCUGGGGAAAACUUACUCGCUGACGGGCUGGAAGGUGGGGUGGGCCGUGGCGCCCCCGCACCUCACAUGGGGGCUGCGGCAGGCGCACUCCUUCCUCACGUUCUCCGUCGCCACGCCUCUGCAGCACGGCGCGGUGGCGGCUCUAGAGGCGCCGGAGCCGUUCUAUGAGGAGCUGGAGAAGGAGUAUAGGAGCCGCCGGGACGUGCUCGUGCAGGGGCUGCUUGACGUGGGCUUCACUGUUUUUGAGCCCGAGGGCACAUACUUCAUAAUGGCGGACCACACGCGGUUCAACAAAGGCUCCGACGUGGAGUUCUGCCGGUACCUGGUGGAGCACGUGGGUGUGGCCGCCAUCCCCCCCAGCUCCUUCUACCUCAACGUGCACGAGGGCCGCAACCUCGUGCGCUUUGCCUUCUGCAAAGAUGAGGACACUCUGAGGGAGGCUGUAAGAAGGAUGAAGGAGAAGCUUGUUCUGCCGCCAGCCGAGUGUUGA